AAACCGGGAUAGUCGCGCGCUUGUUUUCUCAGGCGGGAACUGAGUUGGAGCAGGAACAACGAGAGGGGUUGUGUUUUAUUUACAGUUAAAAAAGCUUAUAAUAUUUUUAAUUUUAUAAAGAUAUGUCUUGUAGAAGAGGCGCUUUAAUCGUGCUGGAGGGAGUAGACAAGGCAGGAAAAACCACACAGUGUAAGAAGCUUGUGUAUGCUCUGCAGAAGAAUGGGAGAGCCGCCGAGAUGAUGAGAUUCCCUGACAGAACAACACAGAUUGGGCAGCUGAUCAGUUCAUACCUGGAGAAAAAGAACAACCUGGAGGACCACACCAUACACCUGCUCUUUUCUGCAAACCGCUGGGAGUUGGUGCCUCUAAUGAAGAAAAAGCUGGAGCAGGGAAUCACCCUGGUUGUGGAUCGCUAUGCUUUUUCUGGAGUGGCUUUCACCAGUGCCAAACCUGACUUCUCUUUGGAGUGGUGUAAGAAUCCUGAUGUGGGUCUGCCAAAGCCAGACCUUGUGAUGUUCCUGCAGCUGAACCCCAGCGUAGCAGCCGAACGUGGAGAGUUUGGGACAGAGCGAUACGAGACCAGCGCUUUUCAGCGUUCAGUGCAGCAGAGAUUCGAACAACUCAUGAAGGAUCCAUCGGUUAACUGGAAGGUGAUUGAUGCAGCCAGAAGCAUAGAAGUAGUACACAGUGAUAUUAAGGUGCUGUGUGAGAACAUAAUCAAUACAUCUGAGAAUCUGCCAAUUGGAGAACUAUGGAAAUGAACAUUAAGGAGAGUUCCUGGCCGACCCUGGAUACAACUAGAUUUUUAAUCACCCCUGUACUGUGCACGGACAUUGCCAGGAAGUAACACGACUUCUUAUUGUCCUUUUUAUUAAAUAAAAGUUUUAUCCUUAUUUUA